AUGACCAUUCUGAUCAGACAACAAGUAUAGUGGUAAAUUCACUUUCACUUUCAGAUGACUUUUUUAUUAGUGACUCUGAAAAUCAUACAAUAAAAUUUUGGUUGUGUUCUUAACCAAAUGUAGAAUAAUCUAAUUUAUCUUGGUCCAAUACAUAGACUAUAUCUGAUCAUUAGAGUUGUGUCUAUGGAUUAUCAAUAAAUUAAGAGGGAUAUAGAUUAAUCUCAUGUGGUGGUGAUGAUAAAUAAAUAUUGAUAAUGGAAGGUUCAAAAAAAGAAAUUUGGCAUGUUAAAUAAAGAACACAUUUAGAAGGAAGCCUAAUGAGAUUAAGUUUCAUUACUAACAACAUCUUUGUAAUUUAACUAUAAUUGUAAGAGUAUCUCUAUAUUUACACAAAAGACUUAACUGGAGAAUUUAUAAAAUCAAAAUUUUUGCCAAUUUAAACAUAAUCUUGUGCAAUAUAUUUCCCUUCACUCUAUAUUCCUUCCAAAAAUUUACUCUUUCAUAAAAAUGGUUAUAAUGUGAAUUUAAUAAGAUUCAAUUUUUCUGCUUCUUUAACAGAAUGGGACUGUAAAUUGGAAUUGGAAUAAACAAUAGAUUUUGGUGAAAAUGCCACUUUUGGUACUUUGAGUGAUAAUGGAGAACUCCUUAUAACUUGGGAUUAUAAAUCCUCAUCUAUUCAAAUUAGAUAAUAUAAAGAGAAGUCAUAAUCAUGA